AUGGGGAGGUGGGGUUGUGAUGGGUGGCAGUGGAGAAUUAGGAACGGUGAAGACGUGUACGGGUGUGAAGCGUCAAAAGAGCUAGCAGAAUUGGAAGACAUUUGGCAAGGGUAUCAACCGGUGCCGCAAGGGGUAGACGUUAUUGUAUGGCCUUUUGAAAAUUCCAAAAAUUUUAGCGUUAAAUCCUUAUAUAAGUUGUUGAAUCAUUCGGUGAGAGGAGUAGAUGUGGAUAAUCAAAGGGCAGAGGGGCUGCGUAACGUUUGGAGGGCUGCUGUUCCGUCUAAACUUAAAUUCUUUGGUUGGCGGUUACUGUUGGACAUAUUGGCCACGAGAGCGCAAUUGCGUACAAGGAGCAUUAUAACCCAGCAUCAAGAGGCUCUUUGUGUAUUCUUCCACCUCCAAGAGGAAGACAUUAAUCAUGUCAUGUUGUCCUGCCCCGUUUUGCAGCCACUUUGGAGGAGGAUCUACAGAUGGUUACAGGUAUAUAUUCCGUUAAACAUCGAUUGCUGUAGUCACUUUAAUCUAUGUAUCGAUUUACUUGGGGGUAACAUGGCGCGCAGUAGGAUUGGUGCCAUUUGGAUAACAGUUUGCUGGAGUAUUUGGAGGAUUAGAAAUGAGGUUGUCUUCAAUAAUGCUGAAGUGGACAUUGAAGAGUUGUUUGGCAUGAUUUUGUGGUCUUCAUGGUGGUGGUUGGCAAUAAAAUCUAGGGAUAGAAUUCUGUGUAGUUUCUAUGAAUGGUUUCACAAUCCUUUUUUGUGUUUGUGA